CUAUCUUAACUAUACACAUUUAAACAGUUAGUCGAUGACCGGUAAACAAUAGGGAACAUUUAACAAAUUACUACUACUACUACAACUACACUCGCUUGUACCUCUUGACUGAAGUCUCUUCUCCCAUUUGACUGUCCCCAAAAUAAGGUCAGAUCAAACUGCUGCUACCGGACAUCGCCUCGCCUUUCACUUCCGGGGCGAUGCCACAAAAGUAUUGCUAUUAAAAUUGAUUAAUCUUCUCAAUUUUUCCACCGGGUGUGGAUCUAUAAAAUAACCCUUCUAGUAAUCUCUUAAGGGUAAUCUUCCAGUUUCGGGAGGUAAAAAAAGUAAAUAAGAAUACAAGGGAAAUAACUUAAGGUCUUACUAGUAUUAUCCGUACCUUCCUCACCCCACCCGUUCGCGAGCGCGCAUUUUUCAUAUUCGUUCACAGCAAGUUGUUUUACACCUAUUACACUAAUUUAUUAUUUUUGAGCUCGGGUCAAACGCUUUAGUUUGACUGUUAUUUCCCUAUACUGGAAGAUUACCAUAAGUUGUUGUGCAGCCGGUACAAUGAUAUUCAAUCACGUGUGUGAUUUAUAUAUAAACAGCUAACUUCAAUCACGUGUGUGAUUUUAUUUAUAAACAGCUAAAAAAAAAAAAACAAACAUUAGUACGGAUAAUACUAGUAAGACGUUAAGUUAUUUCCCUUGUAUUUUAUUUACUUUUUUACCUCCCGAAACUGGAAGAUUACCCAAUUAAGCGAUCAUAUUGUAAUUCAUCCAUUACUAUACUUGAGUAAAUACUGCGAAAGCUAUGUAUUUAAUAUCAAUUUUAUUAUACAAUCAGUUAAUUAAUUAAAUCAGUCGUUAACUGCCCAUAAAGGGCUUCCGAGUUUGCAUAUGUUUUUUAUUGCUGUUUUUAAUCGCUAAGUCAUUGUUUUUUUUUCUCGCAUUUCAUCGUACGUAGAAUGUACAAAAAACCCGACACCGAAGAAACGAAACGUACUAAGUUUCUGCUUAUAUGCCGCUUCCACAGUCUUUGUACGUUUUCUUUUAAAAAAUACAUCCAAAGUAUGAAUGAUACUUCAUCUUCUUUUAUUUUCAGAAACAUUUAUAACUUAAUUAAUACUCGAUUCUUCUUUAGUAUCUCACCACAUGCGAGGUUACUAAUUUGUAUUGUACCUCACGACACGGUACUUUGGCUGUCAGGCAUAGAACUUUUCAGAAUACCAUUACGUUUGUAUAUAAAGUAAAACUUAGAAAUUACUGUUACAUUUAACAGGGUAUUUUUUAUAUUGCAGAUGAGAUUUUUAUGAUAAUAAAACAUAUACAUUCAUCUAGCAACGUAGAUUUAAAAAAAAAGAAAAUUUACGUUUCGCCGUUUAUGUAUCCGAGUCAGUUUUUUAAAGUUUCUGUUGUCAGAGAUUAGUCGUGGCGAAUUCGCACUGGUGUGGUAAGGACAUUUGGUGUAAUUGAAGAUAUUUCACUGUAAACACUAGUUUAUAUAGCAACAACAGAAUAUCAGGAGAAGCACAGAAGUGUUUACAUAAGAUAAAUCAUCAAUAUUUAUCUUAUUUUCAAGGCUAAAUGCUACACAGACUGGAUAAAAUCUAUGGUGAAUUCUUGAUAAAUAAUUUUUUAGGACAUAGAUUGAGUGUUUGUUUUAUUCACUGCCUUAAAAAUUACAAACUGAGUUUGUAUUUUCAUUAAACUUGGAUUGCGAAGGACUUUGCAACCUCUUCAGAUAUCAACAAAGAUCACAUUUGAUGGAAAUAUAUCAGUAGUAAUAGUUGUCACAAACAAAGUACAACAACGAAAGGAAGAAAACUUGUGUAUAUUGUGAUACGAAAAGAAAAAUCAUGGAAAAUGAGUCGAGUGAAAUCAAGAUUAAAUGUGAAACAGAGGCUAAAAAUAUUGACUUUCCUGAUGAUGUAAAAAAUAAGAAAAGGAAAACAUUACAUCACUGUGAUAUCUGUGGUAAAUCAUUUUCUCAAAAUAGCAAACUGACUAAACAUAAAUCUAUUCAUUCAGGAGAGAAGCCAUAUCACUGUGACAUCUGUGAUAAAUCAUUUUCACAAAAGGACUAUUUAACUACUCAUCAACGUAUUCAUACAGGAGAAAAACCUUAUCACUGCGACAUCUGUGAUAAGUCGUUCUCUCAAAGUGUUCACUUAACUAAACACACACGCAUUCACACGGGGGAAAAACCAUAUUUCUGUGAUAUCUGUGAUAAAUCAUUUGCUGAGAACGGUACCUUAACUAGACAUAAACGUAUUCAUACAGGAGAAAAACCAUAUCACUGCGAUAUCUGUAGUAAAUCAUUUUCUCAGAAAGAUAACCUAGUUACUCACCAACGCAUUCAUACCGGAGAAAAGCCAUAUUGUUGUGACAUUUGUGACAAAUCAUUCUCUCAAAGUGUGCACUUAACAAAACAUAAAUAUAUUCAUACAGGAGGAAAACUAUACUUCUGCGAUAUUUGUGAUAAAUCAUUCACUGAAAAUAGUUCCUUAAAAAGACAUAUCCGCAUUCAUACAGGUGAUAAACCAUAUCACUGUGAUAUCUGUUUCAGAUCAUUUUCCGAGAAUCAUAACUUAACUAUUCACAAACGCAGUCACACAGGAGAGAAACCGUAUCCUUGUGACAUCUGUGGUAAAUCAUUCUCGGACACUGGUCAUUUAGCUAGACAUGAACGUAUUCAUACUGGAGACAAACCACACAAAUGCAACAUAUGUGGUAAAUCAUUUUCUGAAAAUGGAGUCUUAACAAGACAUAUCCGCGUUCAUACUGGUGAGAAGCCAUAUCAGUGUGACAUCUGUAGUAAGUCAUUCUCUCAUGGACAUGCCUUAACUACUCACAAGCGCAUUCAUACAGGAGAGAAACCAUAUCACUGCGAUAUCUGUGGCAAAUCAUUUUCUGAAACUGGACAUUUAACUAGGCACAAACGCAUUCAUACAGGACUAAACUUAUAUCACUGUGGUAUCUGUGGUAAAUCAUUUUCUGAAAAAAGCCACUUCACUGAACAUGUUGCUAUUCAUACAGAGCAGGAGCUAUAUCAAAAUAUAGGGUCAUAAUGCAUACAGAACAACUAGUACUGCAUGCAUGACCCUCAUUUUUCUUCAUUCCAUUAUGACCCUACAUUUUGUAGAGUAAAUUCUUACCUUUUUCUCAUUGGUAUAUAACUAAUGAUUGUAUCAUCGUUUAACGUCCGCUUUCCAUGCUAUCAUGGGUCGGACGAUUUGACUGAGGACUGGUGAAACCAGAUGGUUACACUAGGCUCCAAUCUGAUUUGGCAGAGUUUCUACAGCUGGAUGCCCUUCCUAACGCCAACCACUCAGAGAGUGUAGUGGGUGCUUUUACGUGUCACCCGCACGAAGGCCAGUCAGGCAGUACUGGAAACAACCACGUUCAAAAUGGUGCAUUUUAUGUGCCACCCGCACAAGAGCCAGUCCAGGGGCACUGGCAACGAUCUCGCUCGUUCAUUGUAGGCAAACUAAUGGACAGAAUAAGAAAAUAAUUCAGGAGAAUAAUUGACCUAUCUCUCAACUACCAUCGUCAUCGUCGUUGUUUAACGUCCACUUUCCAUGCUAGCAUGGGUCGGACGAUUUGGCUGAGGACUGGUGAAACCAGAUGGCUACACCAG